CUUACAUCCACUACACAAAAAACCGGAUACUAGCCUCAAAACCGCACCCUUACCCUCUUUUUUUAUCUCAUAUUACGCCUUCUUAACUGGCUACUACUAUUCAUAUCGUUCCCAGCUGUAGCAGCACAGGUGCCCAAUUUACGCAGUUUCACAAUUUCUUUUGUAAUCGGUUUGAUUGACCAUGGUCAUCAUCACGGGCAAGUCACGGUCACCUAACUAAGCACUACUCUUUCAUUCAAACGUUAAUCAUCCACAAUGCCAUCUCGACCCGAGCACACUCGCCAGCCCUCUCUCAACCCAGACGCGAUGCACAACCUCGAGAAACGCCUCAGUGAACGUCCUGACAAGAACGAGUUAGUAGAGCGUAAUAUCCUGAAGGACGACAGGGGCAUUGCCCCUGCCCUCGUAGCGGCCAAGGAGAAACUACAAAGAUCGCAGCUCGAGGAUAAACUCGAUCAUGCGUUACAGCAGCGCCCUAAGGCGGAGGAGCUCAUCAAGGGCGGUAUCUUGCUUGACAGUGAAGCACCUGUCGAGAAAGAAUAAACGAGGCAUUAUCAUUUUGAGUUGUAGCAAUAAUAACUGUUAUGCAUAUAUGAGCAGCAGAAUUCAUGGAUGGAAAGACGUUAAUCUCACUUUAUGUUACUAUGACC